AUGAUCCGUAAACAGACACGACUUAGGCGAGAGUACUUAUAUCGCAAAUCCUUGGAAACCAAAGAAAAACAGAUCUUUGAAAGGAAACAAAAGAUAAAAGAAGCGAUCCGAGAUGGAAAACCCAUACCGACCGAAUUGCGUAAAGAAGCUACUGAACUUCAAAAGGAACUCCACUUCGAUGAAGCACAAACUGAACCUACCACACACAUUGAUGACGAGUAUGCAAGAGCCGGUAUUUAUGAUCCCAAGGUGCUUAUCACGACCUCCCGUUCUCCCAGUUCCAGGCUCGCGCAGUUCGCAAAGGAAAUACGUCUAGUCAUUCCAAACUCUCAACGUGUAAAUCGCGGAAAUUAC